AUGCCAUGAAUCACAUCAGAUACAUGAAUUGCAAAUAAUCGCGCUUCAACAUUUUUAUAUUGAAACCUAACGUGAGAUAACAAUAAUCUACCACAUCUUGCGUUAUCAUGGGAUUACGCAAGAUUGUAGUAUCGAAGAUGUCAAACGACCACUAAAAAAUCGAAUUUUCUCGUGUUAUCAAUUAAAGAUAGACUAUCUCACAAGAUUCCUCACUUUUUAGUAUGUAGCUAGUUCUCAGACGCAUAGUGCAAAUAUCUUUGUAGAUUUUGAAUACUUUUAGAUUUUGAGUAUUUUUGACGGUAGUGCAAAAAUAAAAUGGAUAGGCCCAGUGGUAGUAGGCAAUCGAUAGAAAAGGUAGAAGUGUUCGAAGUUCGCGAGCACGUUCCUUACCAAGUGGAAGUAACGAAAGCUCCUACCACGUAUGACGAAGAGAGUAAUGAUAUGUACAGCUCUUCGUGGGGAUCGGCUUGGGCCGCUAUUUGCCAACUGAUCAACUUACUGCAUCACAUGCAGAUAGCUAUUGUGGUGUUUUGUUUGUGGAACUUCGCGCUGACGUCCCAGCCGAAUGGUGAAGUCACGAAUUUGCAGCUGCACAUCGUUUUUGCGGGGACUGGUUACCAACUAUUUCUUGUAGAAUCAAUAUUGACUCUACACAAACAUAACUCUUGGUCUUUCCAACUCAGCAAAGACAGUAAGAGAGUUAUACACGGAGCUCUUCAAGUGAUCGGAUCACUUUUUGUGAUGGGAGGCACGUUUCUCGCAGUGAGUGAGAUGAAGAUGGAGAAAAAAUCGCCUCAUGGAAUAUGCGGUGUAGUCGCUUUAUGUUUUACCAUUAUAAGCUUCGCGUCUGGCAUAAUAGCGUUGUUCUCUUCAAAAGUACGACUACGGAUCAAAAGUGGACCUGUUAAAAUAUUACACAUAGCCGUCGGAAUGUUCGCAGUUUCCAUGGGUCUUAUCACCAUGGCGAUAGGAUUCAACAUGGAUUACUACAGAAAUUCUAAUGGAGGACUUUCGACAGCAUUAAUGGCGUUUAUUGUUAUGAUUCUGUUUUAUAUUCUCAUUCAACCCGUCAUGGAUUUAAUAUCGACAACAAGGAAAGCUCUGUGACUGGUGAAUGUAGCUGGAUCCAGCGAUGGAGAUAGUAGGGCCUAAGUAUUUAAUUAACUAAUUAAGUAAUUAAUUUAGCUAGUUAUAAAGGUACAAGUCAUGUAUACGUAGUGAUACAUAGAGUUUAUUCAUCAACAUCAGUCAACAAUCGAUGAGCUUUUCGUUACCUCAUAGCUUAAAAACCACUCCACCAAUAUAUUAAUAAUAUACUCGUAUGCAAUAUAUAUAUCUUAAAAAAUAGAUAGUCUGUAUAAAAAUCGGAAAAAGCUCGAAUGAAUAAUGAUACGUACAGAACCCACGGUAGGCGAGUCCACUUAACCGGCUUAUAUAUUUCUGGUCACUGACACUUCCUUUCCCCAUUGCUUAUAUUUCACUUAUCGAAACAUUUUUUGAUUUUGACUAGACUACAUACAUGUGCAAAAAUAUUUAUAGGAAUAUGUACGUGAGAAAUAUCUUUGGAUGGGAAAAAGCUCGCGCAAGCACUGAAAUACAAUAAAGUGCAUACUUAGUUAAGUAAUUUAACUUAUUUAUUUAUGUUAGAUUUAAGUUAUUAUUGUAAGAUCGGUACCCUAUGUGUAGUGACAUCAACAACAAAAGAGUUAUUGACUCUGGAGAUUCAUAGAAUAAAGAUAAUACAGAAUGAGUCUUUACAAGCAGCGUGGUGAAGCCGGUGAAACCCAUAAAAACCGUCACGCGUCUCCUUGACAUUUAAAAACUUUUUUAAUAAUUUGUAUUUCUAAAUUUAAGACUAACAACAAUUACGUAGAUUAAUAUAAUAAUCAAUAAUUACCAAUAAAAAAUACUCCAUUUUAUUUCUUUAGUUUCUGUGAACAGUUUUUAAAUUUAUGAAUAUCAUUUAAACGGGUACAUACCACGAUAAAACGACGAGAUUUUUAAUGUAGAUAUUUUUAAAUAAUAUUCAUAAUGAACAACCACGAAAUAAGUUUAAAACCAUUAGUUUUUAAAAUAUUUAAAAACAUAAAGUUACAGUACGACGCCACUAAGGAGACGUUAAGGCGCCAUUUUUCUUGAACAUUAGGUACUGAUGCGACGCUUCGUGUCGUACUGACUCAACGACACCGACGUGUUCCGUACGCUCUUUCUGCCUAUUAUUGAUUAAUCUGUGCGCAUACUUAAGUUUCUUUUUUGUUGUGUAAAUAGGUACCGUAUUUAGUUAAAAAAAAAAAACUACCUGGCAAAUGUAAUUGAACUGGAAGUAGAUAUGAAUUUUGUUAAAUCGUAAUUUUUUGGCGAUUUAGGUCUAAAUUAUUAGUCUGCUCGUUUUUCACAUUUUCACAUAGGUCGUAAAAUAUCUACAUUUACGUAUUUACCUAAGUAUUUAAGUGUGGUAUUUAAAACGUGUGUAUGGAUUUGUAAGAAAAUGAAAUAGAUACUUGUAUUAUUAUAAUUUAGCAUAAUGAUAUUAAGUAGAUUAGUUAUGGAAGACCAAUGUGUAUAAGAAUAUUUUAUUAAAAAAAUAUGAAUUAAAAAAAA